AUGCGACGGGCGUGUGUAGGCGUCCGUGUUACUCUAGCUGCGUGUGUCUCCCGCGCUCACUCCCAUCUGCAGAAUGGCGGUAGGAGCAGCAGCGGUGGUAUUAGUAUGAAUAGCAGCAGCAGUAGUGGUGGUGGUACUAGAAGAAGAAGUAAUGAUCUCGUUUCUAUUAUAACAUGUAGUGGGUCAUCUUUCUUUUCUUCUUCUCUACUGAUGACGCGUCGUGGUGUGGGUGUAGAUCUUCUUUCACCACUUGCAAAACUUGGACAAAGUCGUGAUUUAGCAGCGGAUAUAAAAGCUGGUCGACAGCGUAAUAAUAAGGAAAUUAUUGCUUCCUUUCAGACGAUACAAACCUUUGAUGAGAUUCACUAUCGUAAAACUGAUCGCCCUUGGGAAUUGGUACCUAAAUAUGCCAAAAAACGUGUCAGUGAUCUUUGUGGUCUUUUAACCAGUGAAGAUCGUAUGGAGAUUGAACAGGCGAUUGACAGAAUGCAAUCUCUGUGUGAUGUGGACAUGUAUGUUGUACUUGUCCCUACAGUUGGUUACACCACACCUGCCGCCUUUGCCAAUUCUAUUAUGUUUAACUGGAGCAUUGGCGAACCACGUGGUAAUGGUCUUCUUCUUUUGAUUGCCCAACAUGAGGCCACUGUGCGGCUGUUGGCGAGUGAAGGCAUGUCAGAGUUCUUCGGCCCGCACUUUGUGGAGCCCGCCGUGCGGGAAAUUUUCCAGCCGCUUGUGCGGGACGGCCGGGCGAGUUAUGCGACGGUGCAACUUGUCUACGCGGUGGCCCGACAAGCGCAAGAGAUGCGGCCUUUUUGGCAAAGUAAAGGUCUUCGUCUUUCAUGGCCUUCUUCUUAUACUUCUUCUUCUUCCUCUUCCUUUUCUUCGUUGGUGUUGAGUCCGGUGUUUCUCCCACGGAUUCUUGCACCGGAGACCCGCCAUCGUGUUCGUCAGGCCCGUCGUGUGGUGUUGUACGGCUUCAGUGCCCUGCCGUUUCUCGUCGCGGGUGUUCUCUUCUUCGCGGCGGCGACUGCCGUUCUCGUCAGUCAACUCCUCGACACAGUUUGUCCAAAGUGUCAUGCGGGAAUGCACCGCGUGCGGGAUGAUGCCACACUGCGGGCCGUAAUGCCGAAAGGACAAUAUCUAGAGUUGGUGAAUGGCUGCGCACACUAUAGAGUGUGGAAAUGCCCACACUGUGAGGAUAGCACACGCAUCGUACUCACCUCCAGAGAUCUACACCAGAGUACACGCUGUCUGCAGUGUAUGGAUUGUCACUACUACACCUGUUCACUCUCAAAGGAGGUGUUAAAGCUGCCAACAAAGGAUGAGGAUGGGUUGAAACAACUCACGUAUACAUGUGAAAAUUGUCGUGUGGGACGGGAAGUCCUCCUUCCACUACUCCGCCCAAUAGAUCUGAAACCGGAAGAGAAGUGGUACGACUUCCUCGUAGAACGGUCACAAACACACAAGAAUACAGAUCUCAAAUUGUAG